UGAGGCUCCGGGUCGAUGUUGAGAGACCCUAAACAUCUGAACGAAGGAGGGAAGCCUGGCUCGGCACUGCUCGCGUGUGAGCAGAAGAAGAAUCCGGGUCGCUGUUGUGUUUCUGCGACGUCGUGUCCUGUCACGAUGGGUUUGUAUCAGAUUGUCGAAGCCUUGCUGUUGAUGACUAAUGCUGUCGCUGUUCUUAACGAGGAUCGCUUCCUGGCUCCUUAUGGCUUUGGUAUGAUCGACAUGGGAAGUGGGAGGGUAUCACCAUUCAAGGGUCAGUUGAUUGGGCUAAUACACGCUGUGCAGUAUUUGCGAGUUCCGCUGAUCGUUGCGAACUCUAUUGUUAUUGUAAGCAAAUUACUCUUUGGAUGAUGCGACUCUGCUCGGAAGCUGCUGAUUUUCUAACGUCCAGCUCGACCACAGUUGGUCACUAAUACUAUCGUGCAGUUUGUUCAGCAUAUAGUGGAGCACAAGCCCACUUUUAGUAGCUGUAAUCAUUUUAGGCAAGACGAUAGCUGCAACGUACGAAUUGUCAUGUCCAGAUUCCUACCAAUCUCUCACUUGGUGAUUUAGUUUAUGUACGUAAAAUUUCACAGUAGGGUUAUUGGGGUCUCGAAGAAGUCUACGAAGAAUUGAUCUGGGCAAUGUGGUAGAAAUGUACAUUCGGGUAUGUUGAGCUUCUACUGAUAAUCGAGCCAACUUCUUUUGAAGUUUUCCUGAACAAUAUGGUGUGGCGACUAUGUCGUUUCAUCGUUCGUCAUA